GACUAUUUCCCCAUGACCAUCGAGUUUGAGGACAAGGACGCUUUCAAGGAGGACAGGCCGUUUGUGGUCGGCUAUGAGCCGCACUCGGUGCUGCCCGUGGGCUCCUGCAUGUUCACCACCUACGCCCAGAGCCCUGUGCCGCCCUCCCUGACCAACACCCAUAUUGCAGUCACCGGCACGGUGUUUCUGGCGCCCUACAUGAGAAACUUCCUGUGGUGGAUGGGCUGCCGCUCUGCAUCAAGAGAGGUGCUGCAGAGCUCUCUGGCAAGCGGCACCACCGUCGUGCUGUGCCCGGGCGGUGUGCAGGAGUGCUUCUAUAUGGACCCGCAGCCCGACAGGGAGGUGGUCUUCCUCAAACAAAGGACCGGCUUCAUCAGGCUGGCCAUGCGAGCGGGGGCUCCCGUGGUGCCCGUCUUUGCAUUUGGCCAGACGCCGCACUACAGCUUUGUGCGGCGCAUUGGCUACGUGCCCAUGUUUGUGUGGGGCUAUCUGGGGAGCGCUGUGCCCUACCAGGUUCCCAUGCACCUGGUGGUGGGCAAGCCCAUCCAUGUGCCGCACAGGGCAGACCCCAGCCCUGAGGAGGUGUGGCAGCACCUAGAGCAGUACAUUGCCGCGCUGGCAGGCAUCUUUGAGCGGCACAAGGCGGCAGCGGGGCACCCGGACGCCACUCUGACCAUCAUU